AGUGUUUCUUCACAACCAGGCACAAGAGAAUAAACACCUUCACAACCAGGUUCAAAGAAAGAGGCUCAGCUAGGGUUUCGAAUCGAAUCGAAUCGAAGAUGGCUCGUAACGAAGAGAAAGCGCAAUCGAUGCUGAACCGCUUCAUCACCAUGAAAGCGGAGGAGAAGAAGAAACCCAAGGAACGCCGCCCCUUCCUCGCCACCGAGUGCCGCGACCUCUCCGAAGCCGACAAAUGGCGCCAGCAAAUCAUGCGCGAAAUCGGCCGCAAAGUCGCCGAGAUUCAGAACGAAGGCCUCGGCGAACACCGCCUCCGCGACCUCAACGACGAGAUCAACAAACUCAUCCGUGAGAAAUCGCAUUGGGAACGCCGCAUCGUUGAACUCGGUGGCCCCAACUACACUCGCCACUCCGCCAAGAUGACUGACCUCGACGGCAACAUCGUCGACGUCCCCAAUCCAUCCGGCCGCGGCCCCGGAUACCGCUACUUCGGCGCCGCGAAAAAACUCCCCGGCGUCCGCGAACUCUUUGACAAACCCCCUGAGCUACGCAAGCGGCGGACGCGAUACGACAUUUAUAAGCGGAUUGAUGCGGCUUAUUAUGGAUACCGGGAUGACGAGGAUGGGAUUCUGGAGCGGCUGGAGCCGUCUGCGGAAGCGGCGAUGCGACGGGAAGCGGCGGAGGAGUGGUACCGGCUUGAUAGGAUUAGGCAGGAGGCGAGGAAGGGUGUGAAAAGCGGGGAGGUGGCUGAGGUGUCGGCUGCGGUGAGGGAGAUUCUAAGGGAGGAGGAGGAGGAUGUGGUUGAGGAGGAGAGGAUGAGGGGUAGGGAGAUGAAGGAGAGGCUGGAGGAGAAUGAGAGGGAGUUUGUGGUGCACGUGCCGUUGCCGGAUGAGAAGGAGAUUGAGAAGAUGGUGCUGGAAAAGAAGAAGAUGGAGCUGUUGAAUAAGUAUGUUAGUGAGGAUCUCAUGGAUGAGCAGAGUGAAGCUAAAGACAUGCUUAACAUUCAUCGUUAAGGUUGGUGAUUUAUGUUCUGCUUGGAAAAAUUAGAGUAGCAUUAGGUUGCUGAAUUUAUUUGAUCUCACUUUGAUUACAUGUUGCAAUUGAGUUUUAUGCAAAGAGAUGGGUGGUGAUUGGAGAGUGUGACCUGUUUUGAAAUCAUCUUACAGGAGCUAUUAAUAGUUGUAAAAUUCACUUGAUGAGAUGUGUGUUCAUUGAAAGAAUUGCAUUUCUAUCACCCUGCAAAUGAAUUUAUAUUGUUGGUUGGUCA